GUGCGCGAGUUUGACUACGCGUGCUGUUUAACGGGAUCCACCUUCUUGACCUGUUUUAGACCUGAGUUAGACUUGGUUUAGGCUGGACACUGGUGAAGACUUCAGGAAAAUAUGAACACUAACGCAGUCUACCCCCCGCCCUCAGCGCCCCCUGCUGACAUGUUUGGGAACGUGCCUGGAUAUGAGGGCAUCGGAGGAGGAGGAUACCUGCCUCCUCCUGUGCCGCUGGAGCCCAUCAUCCCUCCACAGCCUGGCCCCUCCCCCGACGAGUGGACUAUCCCAUCGAUUACAGAGGAUGAGGCUCACGAGGCGUUUAAGAGUUUCGCCUCAGGACACUGCUGCUGGAGUUCAGCACCGGCCAAAGACGGAGUCAUCACUAAUAUGCAGCAUUUUAACACCUAUAGGUAUCGUUUGGAGACCUUCACUGAGUCCAGGUCAACUGAAUGGGCCCAGAAACCCCACGAAGGUGAGACAGCAGAUUUUUACACUCAGCCCGCUCCUCGACCCUGGGAGAUCGCGGCCCCACCCCCGAGUCACUUCACCAACCACAUGGAGAACAUCAGAGUGCCAUUUACUUCAUCUAUCAAGGAGUGCUACAACUGUCGCGCUCUAGGGACGCUGCCGUGUGACACCUGUCGCGGAGAUGGGAAGAAGCCAUGUUGGGUUUGUAAUGGAGCAGGGACCAGAGGCGAGGAGAACUGUUCACACUGCAAUGGCACUGGCACUGACAGGUGCGACAAGUGCAGUGGUCGAGGGACCAAAGACUGUGACAUCUGUAAAGGAAAGAGGCAGCUGCUGGCCUACAUCAACCUCAAAGUGGAAUGGAAGAAUAACACUGAGGACCAUGUGGUGCAUCAGGAGUCUGGACUGGACCCAAACGACCUGCAGAGCGUCCACGGCAAAGAGCUGUUCAAGAACAACAACUACCUGCUCUAUCCUCUGGUUGGAUUUCCAAACCCGUCGAUCUCUGAGGCCUCCGAUCGAAUGAUCAGAGACCAUCAGACCAAGUAUGCCCAGAGCUCCAGGAUCCUGCAGCAGAGGCAGACAGUGGAGCUGAUCCCGAUCUCUAAGGUCACAUACAAGUGGAAGGGUGACUCCCACAUUUUCUACGUCUACGGCAAUGAGCGCUACGUGAGUGCCGACUACCCCGCUACAUGCUGCUGUGUGAUCAUGUGACCAGCCUAGUGCCACACCUACAUGUGAACGGUCCCAACCACCUGGUGCUAUGUGAGAAUGUGACCUGUGACCCUGCCUCCUGCCUCCCACAUGACUUGCCGCACCCACAUGUAUUUUAUCAGUAAAUCACUUUAUAUUCAAGAGUCAAUCAAUGAUCCAACCAAUCUUAAAAAUGAGGUUUGUCCAAAGUAUGGUUACCAUAGUAACAUCUGCGCCAAAGUAUCUGGGCAUGCCCCCUCCCCACCACACACACACACACACACACACACACACACACACACACACACACACACACACACUCGCAAUAGGUGACGGGAAUAUAAAAUUUAAUUAAAUACUGUUAUAUUAUGUGUUUUUAACAAUCCUCAGAGACUGACAGAGUGCUCUAGGCCUGGUUCAGACCUGGUUUAGUCCUAAGUGAGACCUGGUUUAGACCUGGUUUAGUUCUGGUUUAGUUUUCAGUAAGACCUGGCUUAGUACUGGUUUAGUAAUCAGUGAGUCCUGGUUCAGACCUGGUCUUGGUUUUGCCUUGUUCACUUAGGUUAGCUUCAGGGACCUUUAGGUAAAUAUUGUUUUUGAACAGUAAAACUUCCCUGAUUAUGACCUGCUGAGACUGGACAAACCUGGGUCUAGUCCUGUUCAGUCCUGGUUCAGUUCUGGUCCAGUCUAGUCCUGGUUCAGUCCCAGUUCCAUCCCGGUCUUGGUCCUGUCCUGGCCACCUUCAGUCUGUGAGCUGCUUGGAUUAGGGCUUGACUCUUUUUUCUGUUUUUUCUCUGUAACUGCCUUUUAUGACCACUUAGAGGCGCUGUUCACUCAGACCUCACACCUCAACUGUUUCAGAAUCUUGUAUUUGGACCUGAUCUAAUCCUUGUUUAGACCUGGUUUAGUCCUGGUGUCAUCCUGUGUUUCAUGUUUACAUUUAGUUUUGAAUUGUAAAGCCAUAUUAAGAGAUGACAUGCAGUUCAGACUAAACCUUAAAUGUGAACACCCGUUUAACAUGUUUCUAACCUGUUUUUUACUAACACACUUGUUCUGGAGAAAGUACUGCAUGAGUCACUACUACUACUACUACCAUGUACUGUUACUACUAUGUACCAUCUAAUACUAUGUACUGUAUACCCUCUGUAUCCCAGGACUGACAGUUUAAAUGUGUGAAUAAAGUGAGUCCCUUUGAACCAUAUGUCCUGUUCUGACCCCUGACCUCUGACCCUAUUUUGACGUCUGACCCCCGAGCGGACACAUGGACAGAACUCAGAACUCUUAAAUAGUUAACAAUAGAGUGUCGUGUCUGGAGUUUCUGCAGAAACUCACAGCUCUGUCCUUGACUCCAAGCAUCAAUGUCUCCUAAUGUAUUUUAUGUGUCUGCAUUUUACUGGCAUUCACGUGUUAUUAACUUUAGAGUUAGUACAUGGAGAUACAUGUUUAAAGUAGUGCACAUUGUUCAUAUUGUUAAAUGCAGAUACUUAUAAUUCCACCUGCAUGGUGUAAAACAGCCAGUGAAAAGAAAAACAAUAUCAAACAACAAGAAAACAUAAAAUGAGCCCUAAACCAUCUAAAUUUAAACUAUAAGAUAAAAAAAAUGCUAAA